AUGGGAAAAAUUAUAGAUGACAACAACACUACUGAUGAUACUGAUGAACUUUUUUAUUGUCAAAAAUGUCAUUUACCCUUAUACUUGGAUAAUUCACUAUUAGAUUUAUCUUUAACUCAAAUGAAUGAGAUAAUAACAUCUUUGCCCCAUAAAAAUUUAAGAUCUAAAAAGAUUACACCUAAUGAUAUACCAAAAGAGAGGCUCGAAAAAUUACAGUCUGUUAAGCCGAUAAACGAACUUUCCAACCCUGAAAUCUCUAAUUCCUUAGCUUCAUAUGUAUUUUUAAAUGAUAAUAGUAAUAAGAUUAUCGAUGGUGGUAGUAGUGCUGAUAGUUUGACAAGUAGCGGCAAUAAUAGUAAUAUAGAUCUUAGUCAAGAUAUUGACCUUAGUAAUAUCAACGGGAGUAUAUCAGGAAACGAUUACACAGCUAGUUUAUUUUCUUCUUCGAAGUUAAAUGGGAAAACAACGCUAUCAAGACACUUAAAUACACUAACCACUAUUUUCAAUAUAUUAUCAUUUAAAAGCGGUAUAGACCAUCCUUUGUGUAAAGACUGUUGUGAUUUAGUUAUAGAAGAAAUUACCAAACAACAUGGAACAAGUAUUAAAGAAAGAGAUAUUUAUCAAAAAUUUUUGUAUAGAUUACAACAAGAAAGUUCAUGCAUUACAGAUGAUGAUAUUGCUAAUAGUAGUAAUACAAAGGAUAAAAAAAACAUAACUGAAAUCGCCUCUUUAGAGAAAACCGAGUUGGAAUUGGUAUCAAAGUUAAAAAAUUUGGAAGAUGAAUCAUCAAAAUUAGACAAAAAAUUAAAGGAUUUGAAAAUUCAAGAGGCCGAGUCUAUUACCGAGACAACCAAAAUACAGCAGGAGGUUAAUCUGAAAAAUUUGAAUUCAUUGGUUUACUGGCAAGAUUGGAAGUCUUUGAAAUUGGAGUAUGAUGGUGUUUUAAACAAAUUGGAUGAUUUAAGAAAAAUUAAUAUUUGUAACGAGAUCUUCCAAAUAACGCAUAAGGGACCAUUUGGGACAAUUAAUGGAUUGAGAUUGGGCGGAUAUGAUGAUUUUCCCGUUUCAUGGAAAGAAAUUAAUGCUGCGUUGGGUCAAAUAAUACUAUUGCUCUCUUGUGUGCUAGAGAAAUUAAAUCUUUGCUUAAAUGGGAUACAAUUAGUUCCACUGGGUUCAUAUUCCAGGGUUUUAGUACGAGAAGGAGGUGCAGAUAGCAGUAAAACUGAGCAUAAAUAUGUAUGGAAAUCUUAUGAUUGUUAUCACGAAACAAAUAGUAGCUUGACAGAGGAAAUCAAAAAUUUUUUCCAGAAGGAAACGGAAUUUGAUAAAACUUUAGAAUUAAUAUUGUUUAUAACUACGAAAAUAUUAAAUCAUUUAUCAUCACCGACCGAAUUACCGUACAAUAUUGAGAAAGACAAAAUAAAUGGAUUAAGUAUUAAGUUAAAUGGACAAAAACCCAGUUUUCAAUGGACAAUGGCAUGCAAAUGUAUGUUAACUAACAUAAAAUGGCUAUUAGCAUUUUCCUCUCAGACGACUUUAGCUUCCACAGGGGGCAGUGAAAUAACAGCUUAA